AAAAAACGUAUAUAUUGCUUUCCUUCAGCCCAGUAUCUUGUCUUUUUUGCGACUCUUCUACAACUUUAUUCGAGCCUACACCUCACUCAAUCACUCACCCACGCACAAGCACCAUAUUAUAUUUACCCUUAUAUAGCUCAAAAUGAAAACUGCUCUGCUUGCCCUCGUCUUCUCGGCAGCUGUUCUGGGCGCGCAAUGUGGUGACCAGCAGUGUCGUAAGGACGCACCCUGCUGCGUCAAGGGCUACUGCAAUAUUAACGCCAUGUAUUGCGCACCCUUCAGCUGUGAGCCAGAUAAUUCUCUGUCGCCCAGCAGCUGCUGGUCCACUCCGCACUGCGUCGACUACACAGCCGACUUUACCAAGCCCGCGGGCAGCGGCGCCUUUGCGCAAAUUGCAGACUACAAGGGCAACCCAUCUACCGCCAGCUACGUGUCGCAGUUCGAGCCAUCAAAUGCCAAUUUGGCUAACGAGCAGCUCGAACUCACCUUGACCAAGCAAUCUGAUGGCAAGGGAUUUGGCGCCGUGGUCAUUGGCACGCGCGCCAUCCAGUACGGCACAGUCACCGCUGUUGUGCGCUCGGGGUGCCGCAGCACCGGCGUGGUCUCAUCUCUGAUUAUCCGCAAUGACAAGAUUGGCGAUGAGAUUGAUUUCGAGUUCGUCGGCGCUGACAAGCUGACUGUGCAAUCCAAUUACUACUGGCACAACGAGCUGGACUACACCAAGAUGGUCAAGUCGUCCAGCCUGUCCGAUACUACGGAGGCAUACCACACAUACCAGGUUGUGUGGGCCCCAGACUCGAUUCAAUGGCUGGUAAACGGAAACUCAUUCCGCACGGUCAACCGCGCCGACACCUGGGACGCCGAGCGCAAAGUGUUCAGGUACCCCGACACGGAAGCCUUUGUUAGCUUUUCCAUCUGGGACGGCGGCUCUGGUCCGAAGGGUACCUCCGACUGGGCGGGAAAACCAAUUAAUUGGGAAAAGGGUCCGUUUAUCAUGGGCGUCAAGUCCAUUGCGGUCAACUGCUAUUUCAGAGGAAACGAGACCACGUAUACUCCUCCCGUUUGAAAGUAUCUUUUUUAGAUGUUAAUGAUCAGUUUACUUUUUUCAACAAGGUGAUAUAAAAACACAUUCAUAAUUGCUUUUCAGUCUUCAAACCAAAUUAAAUGUUGAAAAUAUUUUAAUUAAGAGAAAAAAUGAAAGAAAAAAGAGAAAUAGCGACA